AUGACUUUCUCCCCCAGUCUCACUGCCGUGGGCCAUUACUUCCAGAAGAAGAGAGGUGCAGCUAUGGGAUUAGGCAUAGCAGGCUCUUCUAUCGGAGGCGUCGUUCUUCCCAUAGCUCUAAACGAGUUGCUACACACUAGUGUAGGCUUUGGCUGGGCAGUACGCAUUGUUGGCUUCAUAGUCCUGGUUCUCUUGUUACCAGCUAGCAUGUUCAUCAAAUCUCGUCUCCCUCCUCGCAAAGCAUCUCUCUUUAUGCCUUCAGCUUUCAAGCAACCAGAGUACGUGAUCCUAGUCGCUGCAUGCUUCUUUGCUACCCUAGGCAUGUAUCCGCCUCUUUUUUAUUUUCCAUCCUCCGGCAUCGCAAAUGGCAUGAGCACCAAACUCGCGUUUUAUCUCGUUGCAAUCCUCAACGCAGCGUCGUUUCCUGGUCGAAUCUUAACAGGCUUUCUGGGCGAUAAACUGGGUCGAUUGAACAUGAUGUUCUUCGCUGCAGCUUCAACGGGGAUUAUAUCUCUCUGCUGGCAAGCCUGCCACACAAACGCCUCGCUUAUCGUGGUCACCGCCCUUUUCGGAUUCUGUUCCGGUGCCAUUAUCUCGGGAACAUCUAUUUCGUUGUCAUCUGUACCCAAAGACCCCAGAAAUAUCGGGACUUACAUAGGUAUGGGUUUUGGAAUUACGGCGUUUUCGACUUUGAUUGCACCCCCGGUUAGUGGUGCAAUGGUCAGUCGGUAUGACAGCUUUACACAGGUGUCCAUCUUCAGUGGGGUGAGUAGCCUGGUUGGUGCGGCUUUGAUCAUUCCGGCAAAGGUGUAUGCUGGGCAUGGUAUCUUUUCGGCGCGCUGA